UAUUUGUAUUAUUAUAAUUAGUAGUAGUAGUGGUAGCAGUAGUAGUAGGAGUACUAGUAUAGUUACUGUGAGUGUUGUCGUUGCUGCUGCUGUUUUGGUUGUUGUUGUCAUAUUUUUGGAUUCAUACUUACUGGUCGUUUCUCACACACACGUUAGUGUAAAAGUUGAGAUGCACAUGUAAAAAAAAAAACCCACUUCUGUUGACAACAGUCAAAGUCCUUUAGUUACUCUUUAUGGUUGGCAUAAACCUCAACAAGGGCCAAAGAUCAUGAUCCUUAAGAGUGUGCAGGUUUAAACCAAGGCAGCGACAUCAGCCCUGCUACAUUCAAGAUUCAAGAUGAAGGAUCACAUGGUAUUGCUGUUUGGACUUGUAGCUUUGGCCAAUGCUGUAAGUAUUAACGGUUAUGAAGUUAUUAACCUUGCAGAUUAACAAUGUUUCUGUUAACUUUCUGACGAUUUAUGACCACUGUUGUCUUUUUCUGCAGGUUCAAGUUCAUCCCAGGCUGUAUGAGGUAUAUGAGAAUGGUGAGGACGAAAAUCCAAUCUUAAACCUGGGUUCAAAGGCUAACCUGUUUGAAGGGGAUAUUCUUUUGCCGGAAGGAAGAAAUGCCCUGAUUGACCACAAAUACAGAUGGAAAUUUCCAAUUCCUUACAUCCUGGGCGAUGACUUGGAUUUGAACGCGAAGGGAUGUGUCCACCAGGCCUUCGAAAUGUAUCGCCUCAAGUCUUGCAUCGACUUCAAACCUUAUGAAGGAGAGAAGACUUAUAUCAAGUUUGUAAAGAGAAAUGGGUGCUUCUCCAGCGUCGGUGUCCAGGAGAAUGGUCAAAUUCUGUCGUUAGGAUCAGGCUGUGACCACAAGGCCGUGAUAGAACACGAGCUGCUGCACGCCGUGGGAUUUUAUCACGAACAGUCUCGCACAGACAGAGACGACUAUGUUGACAUCUGGCUCGACCAGGUCACACCAGGCCUUGAACACAACUUUAACAAAUACAACGACGACUAUAUAACUGAUCAAAACACGGCGUACGACUACGAGUCCAUCAUGCAUUACCGACCCUUCUCUUUUAAUAAGAAUGAAUCCGUCCCUACUAUCACCACCAAAAUCCCAGAGUUCUACAACAUCAUUGGCCAGUACCUUGACUUCAGCAAGAUGGACGUCUUUAGACUCAAUCGGAUGUACAACUGCUCCGGCCCUCUCACCCUGCUGGACCAGUGUGCAUUCGAGUUUGCCAGUAUCUGUGGAAUGAUCCAGGCCUCCACUGACGACGCCGACUGGGUUCAUACCAAAAGCACGGUCGGGGAUGAAGAUCACACACUCCUAGGAAGGUGCAGAGACAGUGGACACUUUAUGCACUUCAGCACAAACACCGGGAAACCUAUGGAGUCGGCGUUGCUCGAAUCCCGAAUCCUGUACCCUAAGAGAGAGUUCCAGUGUCUUCAGUUCUUCUACAAAAUGACCGGUAACCCCAAGGACAGGCUGGUGAUCUGGGUCAAGAUGGACGACAGCACGGGAACUGUCCGAAAAAUGAAGAAAAUACACACUAUAUAUGCUGAUUCUGACCACACGUGGAAGAUCGCCCACGUCCCAAUGGAAGUUGGGGUAAAAUUCCGCUACGCUUUUCAAGCUGUGCGUGCCGACCCCUCGGCCUCGGCCGGUGGCAUCUACAUUGACGACAUCAGUCUGACAGAGACACUUUGCCCCGGUGCUGUGUGGAGAAUCCAGAACUUUUCCAAACUAAUGGAGACAAGCGAGCGGGGGGCAAUGAUCAACAGCCCCCGCUUUUACAGCCCCGAAGGCUACGCCUACGGUGUCACCAUCGUUCCCCUGUCGUCUUACACUGACUACACUGGGAACUACACUGGACUCUAUUUCCACCUGGCCAGCGGAGAGAACGAUGCUGUGAUGCAGUGGCCAGCCGUGAACAGACAGGCCACCGUGGUGGUGAUGGAUCAGGACCCAGACAUUAAGCUGAGGAUGUCGACUGCUCGCAGCCUUACCACUGAUUUGAGAAAAACAGAAGAUGACAAAUAUUUUUGGGAUAAUCCCUCCGAGCUAGGGGGUGCUCUUGACCCUUCUUGCCAAUGCUACAGAGGUCCGAGAUGGGGCUGGAGAAACAUGGUCAAGCACUUUGACCUCCGACGGCGCAAUUACCUGAAAAAUGAUGACCUAAUCAUCUUAAUCAGCUUCGAAGAUAUAACAUCACUGGUUAACACAGAGGUCCCCAUUGUUCCCAACGAGUGAUGUCAGCCCAGCUUUUAAUAUGUAGAUUCAAAAACAGAUCCACUGUCAGGACCUGGAUGAUGAGAGAAGACUGAGGAUGAAGACAUUUUCUAAUUUAAAAAAAAAUUAACACAAAAAUAUAAAUAUAAAUCUUAUUGAUUGGAA